AUGGCUCUAACCUCCAGGGGAGACGAUAAGCUCGUGUUCGAGUCCUCUGAGACUGUCCAAGUUGCCCCUACGUUCGAAGCCCUCAAACUCCGUGAAGACCUCCUCCGUGACUUCGAGAAGCCGUCGGCGAUCCAGCAGCGUGCGAUCCUGCCGAUCAUCCGCGGCCGAGAUGUCAUCGCCCAGGCCCAGUCCGGUACGGGUAAGACGGCGACGUUCUCGAUCUCUGCGCUGCAGUCGCUCGACCUGAACAACCGUGACACGCAGGCUCUGAUUCUGUCUCCGACGCGUGAGCUGGCUGUUCAGAUCCAGACGGUUGCGCUCGCGCUCGGCGACUACAUGAACGUGUCGUGCCACGCCUGUAUCGGAGGCACGUCUGUCGGCGAGGACAUUCGCAAGCUCGAGGCUGGCCAGCAGAUUGUGACGGGAACGCCGGGACGUGUGUUCGACAUGAUCCGCCGCCGAAACCUGCGCACGAAGGACAUCAAGAUGCUGAUUCUGGACGAGGCAGACGAGCUGCUGAACAAGGGAUUCAAGGACCAGAUCUACGACAUUUACCGCUACCUGCCGCCCGCGACGCAGGUUGUGGUCGUGAGCGCGACGCUGCCGCACGACGUGCUCGAGAUGACGACCAAGUUCAUGACCGAGCCCGUCCGCAUCCUUGUCAAGCGUGACGAGCUCACGCUCGAGGGCAUCAAGCAGUUCUUCGUGGCGGUCGAGAAGGAGGACUGGAAGUUCGACACGCUGUGCGACCUCUACGACACGCUCACGAUCACCCAGGCCGUCAUCUUCUGCAACACGCGCCGCAAGGUCGACUGGCUCACGGAGAAGAUGCGCGAGGCCAACUUCACCGUGUCGUCGAUGCACGGCGAGAUGGUGCAGAAGGAGCGCGACGCGAUCAUGGCCGAGUUCCGCUCGGGCCAGAGCCGCGUGCUCAUCACGACCGACGUGUGGGCCCGUGGUAUCGACGUCCAGCAGGUCUCGCUCGUCAUCAACUACGACCUCCCCAACAACCGUGAGAACUACCUGCACCGUAUCGGUCGCUCGGGCCGUUUCGGACGCAAGGGUGUCGCCAUCAACUUUGUCACCGUCGAGGACGUCCACAUCCUCCGCGACAUCGAGGUGUACUACGCGACCCAGAUCGACGAGAUGCCCAUGAACAUUCAGGCGGGCGUCGAUGUCCGUGUGCAGACGAUCAAACGGGACUCGAUCCGCUCUCCUGCUGGCCAUUGUCAUCCGACGGAUAGCAGGAUGACACCCGCGUCCAAGCUCAGAGCCCAGCCCCAGCCUGAGGCGUACGGGCGUAGCUUCAAGCCUCUUCGCCCAUUGCCACAUGCCAACCAAUCCAAGGAGGAGAUCAGAUCAGCAGUUCAUUCUUAG